CAUUUUGUUUUUCCUCCUUUUCGGCUUCUGCCACGGCGCGGAGGGAGGCAGCGAAAUUUUCGAUGACGCGCAGCAAGGCGGUUCCGGACCGCUGGCUCGAUUACCACACGGUGGGUGGCAUCAUACCAGGCACACGCUUCAUCUCCUUCAAGGUACCCCUCCAAGAAUCCAUCUGCAGCAGGCUUCCCACCGAAGCCCGCUUCACGCCGAGCGACCUCCUCCAGCGAGUCUACGGGCUAGGCCUAAUCAUCGACCUAACGUGCACGAACCGCUACUACGACCGCGAUUUUAUCCUACGGAACGGCAUCUACCACGCCAAAAUCGUUUGCGCGGGGCAGCAGAUACCGCACGCCGGCGUCGUGGGUGAGUUUUUCGAAACCGUCGACCGCUUCCUGAUGGAUCCCCGCAAUAACGGCAAGCUUAUCGGCGUUCAUUGCACCCACGGUGUCAACAGGACCGGAUAUCUCGUGUGCCGAUACAUGAUCGAAAAGCUUGGUGUGCCGCCCGACGAUGCCAUCAGGGAGUUUGAAUGUGCGCGUGGACACCGCUUCGAUAGGGAUGAAUACGUUCGAGAUCUGCGAGUGCCCAGAAAUUUGCCCUGGACGAGUCAUACGGAGCAGAGCGCGGGUUACGCUUACGGCACGCAUUGGACCGACGCUGGCCAGAACCUGACGCCCCCCGUAGCACCGCUUACGGCGAUGCCAGCCACGUACGAAGCUCCCCUGCCACCUCUACAACCCAUACCGCCCAUUUAUGGGUCGGCGGUAGACUACAGAUACUGGCAAGGAUGUACCCCGAAAUUGGAAUGAAUUUGUAAAGAAAUGACGCUAUGAACUAUUUCUGUUUUAUCGCUAAAAAAUCUAGGUGACGCUGAAAUAAAAGAUACUUGUGUUUGCUUGUCACGGAGGUGCGGGCAUUCGUCAGCACUGUUUUUGGAAAUAUCAGCUGAUUCGCUGCCAUAUUUGUUGUCAAAAUAAAGAGGCAAUAUUUUGACGUCCGUGACGUCGCUUUUUAGAGGACAGGAAAA